AUGGCGCUCAGGAAGCUGCAGGCCGAGAUUGACAAGACGCUCAAGACCGUCGCGGCCGGUGUCGAGACCUUUGAGACGACAUUCGACAAGCUCAAUCACGCCAACAAUGCGACGCAAAAGGACAAGCUGGAGAAUGAUCUCAAGACGCAGAUCAAGAAGUUGCAGCGGAUGAGAGAUCAGAUCAAGGCGUGGUUGGGGAGCAGCGAUAUAAAGGACAAGUCGGCGUUGAUGGAGAAUAGGAGGUUGAUAGAGACGCAAAUGGAGCGCUUCAAAGCCUUAGAGAAGGAAAUGAAGAUGAAAGCCUUCUCGAAAGAAGGACUCUCUGCGCAAUCCAAACUCGACCCCCUCGAGAAGGCCAAGCGGGAAAUGAUCGACUGGGUCGGAACCAUGACCGAGGAGCUGGCCCGCCAGAUCGAGGCGACCGAGGCGGAGCUCGAGGGGAUAUCGACAGCCAAAAAGAAGAAGGGGAGCGGGGAGCGCGUGGGAGAGCUGGAAGAGCUGAAUGAGCGGAGAAGUUGGCAUGUCGGCAGAUUGGAGAUCGUGCAGAGGAUGCUGGAUAAUGGGCAGUUGGGGACGGAGGAGGUGGAGACGAUACAGGAGGAUGUCAAGUACUUUGUCGAGACCAAUGCGGACGAGGACUUUGAUUAUGACCAAGGGCUAUACGAUGAUCUCAACCUGCUCGACGAGGAAGACUUUGCCGGCGGAGAAUUCAGCAUGCAACAGGACGAGCAAUCACUCGAUUCUGCCUCGCUUGCCGACCCCGCCGAAUCCCCAGGACUCGCCCCAGCGCCCAAAACGCCCGCCAAGGAAGAAGCGGCCAAGAAGGCUACGCCAGCGAGCAAAGCCUCGAAAGACGCGGGGGUACCGGACGAUGCACCUCCAAGUCCCAUCAUGGCCAAGAAGGUGCCGAGUCGGAAGAGCACAAUGGAUAGUACCAAGGCGGAAUUACCAAAGCUCGGCAAGGACGUCCCGCCUGUACCACCACUCCCGACCACGGCGGCGGCGUCUACACCUUCCAAAGCGCCAUUACCGCCUAUCCGGUAUGCGGCUGCGGCGGCCGCGGCGGUGGCAACUGCGCCGUCCAUGCUGUCCCCGACGGAGCUGGUCUCGCCCUCGAGGGGAAGGCUGGAAUUACCGAUGGAAUCGCCGGCGCUGGUGAUGGAGAAGGAGGCAGCACCUGCGGCUCCAUCCAUACCGGCUCCAACACCGGCCAAGACAGCACAAGCAAAUGGCGCCGCACCUACUUCCACCGUCCCACCCCCACCUCCCGGACUCUCCCGCUCACCUCAUCCCGCUCAGACCCUCGCUCCCCCACCAGAAUCCGCAAGCGCUGGCGCACCGCCUCUCCCUUCUCCUGUUGCGCCAACAGCACCCAGCCUGCCAGGCCCACCACCAGGCUACAGCGGCCACGCCGAGUCGAGCCGUGCGGGCGCUGCCGGCGGAUUCAGCAGUCCCCGACCAUCCCAGCAGGGCCAGGGGUCGCAGCAGCAGGGUGUGUUGGGCAGCUUGAUGCAGAGCUUUGAUGUUGCCAAGGAGAUGUCGGAACGGAGAGGGAACGACAUGUCAUCAUUACAUCAAGCGCUCGAGGUCAGCUAUCGCGACGCACCAAUACAAACGGAUGGAGAAGCACCACGCUAUUACCUGCCCAAGAACCCUAUCAAAACACCCUCCUACUACCCCCAAUCACGCGCCACCGUCCUCUCUGAUCGGGAAAUAUACAACCGGUUCGACGUCGACCAAUUGUUCUUCAUCUUUUACUACUACUCGGGGUCAUAUGAACAAUGCCUCGCAGCUCAAAAGUUAAAAGAACACAACUGGCGCUUCCACAAGCAAUACCUCACGUGGUUCAAGCGGGCACAUAAUCCGCAAGCCAUUACGGAUGAGUAUGAGCAAGGGGGUUACUUUUACUUUGACUGGGAAAAUAGCUGGUGUCAGAGGAAAAAGAGCGACUUUAGGUUUGAGUAUAGGUGGUUGAGUGAGAACUGA